GACAUGAACCAAAUGCGCUCAGAUGCCGCAGCUGCAAGUGCCGGAGGAAAAUUGUAUGUUUCGGGUGGAUUCAAUGGUAAUGAGGUUCUGCAAACCGUUGAGGUGUACUCAGUAGCAACUAAUGCAUGGACAGAGAUUGCCAGUUUACCAUCACCUCGCUCAGGGCAUUGUAUGCUGCUUUUUGAUCCAUAUACCAUGAUUGUACUCGGCGGAUUCAAUGGAGACGAUCGUUUAACCAGCGUAUGUACAUGGAAGAUAGGACAUUUAUCAUGGUCGGAAGAUGCUCCUCCGAUGAAGAACAAAAGGCUGGAUUUUUUUAUAUAG